AAUAUUCGCUGUGACGUCCAACGGUCAACACAUACCACGGACAGGGGCUCCACAACCCUCGUGUAUCAUUUCAAGUCCCGCAGUCCGUAUAUUGCUCCUGAGAGAUAAAGAAUUAUGGACCCCAAAAUAUUCUUCGUGCUCGCUAUUUCGCUGUGUUCUGUAGCCAUUUUCGAUGCCGAAUGCAAGUACCCUCACAAGAAUGACGAGAACGGCGACUACGACGCCUUUGGGCUCUCAUGGCUGAUCGACGUCUUCGGAGGAACCAAUCCGGAGGAUAACAGCUUGCCAUCCCCUGCACAAUGCAGAAACUACUGCGCAGCGCAUGACUUCCAGGACUUCGUGUACGAGUCCGACGUGGCCAACUACACCUGCAUAUGUACGAGUCCACGAAACGAGACACAGGCAACAGAGAUCACGUCGGAGAGCGUUGAAAUCACGGAAGUCACGUCAGAGGCCACAUUUGUAACCGAUGAGUACGAUGUACAAAAUGAUACCGGGGUGCUACAACCACUGUGGUGAUGCAGGGGGGAAUCGGGGAAUAUCAGAAAUGUUUGGAGCACGUGUAAAGGCAAAGCCACCUAGAUAAACAAAGCCUGCCUCUCUUUGCUCCUUCGUCACAAUUGGGAUGUCGUCUGUACUUCUGCUAGUCGCAGCAGACGAUACCAAACACAGGCUUGCUGUGGCUACUAAUGGCUUCCCAUGCGGCUGGCGGCGGCUUGUCUCCAUAGCGACGGCCGACGAAGCACGGUCGUGAUCGGCGUGCUCUUCAUAAUUAUGUCACGUCUUUUAAACGAUCAGGCUUUGUUUACUCUAGGUGGUGGUGGUGGUGGUGUUAGGUUUCCGCUGCCGGUAGGCAAGCAAUGUAAUUUAGUUUCGAUUUCGUUGCAGAGUCUGGUUUUGGUUUCUGUUUCAGUGUUCGCUACUAAACACGGUACUUCCGGUACUGAACAUGUCUUCAGCUAAAGUUCUCUUUUAUUUCCGUGACUUGCAAUUUCUAGUUUCGAUUUGUCUCUAAGUUCCGUACGUCAGUCCUUCAAUGCCUUUUCGUAUGUUUCCCGGUUUCUGUUUCAGCUUUCGGUACCGAAGUUCGUUUAAAUUCGUAUUGCUCUCACGUUACCUUUACUGACCGCUACACCAGCUUCCAUUUCUGUUUCCACCUGCGGUUCCAGGAUCGUUCAAUGAUUUUUUUUUUUCGUUUGUUUCCAAAUUGUAUGUUAUUUUUAUUGUUUAUUAUGUUUAUGUUAUUAUUUUCGGUACCAAAUAAGUUAGGUACUGUAAAGCAGUAUACAAGUAUGAUAUGCCGGUGAUGUGACUAGAGACUUUGUUGCUUCUAAAUACCAUAUGCGGAACCAUACGACCGACAACGCGCUAUAAAUAUUUUUAAUUUGCCAUGAAAAAUGCGGCGUAGUGGAGCGGUGCGACGCCUGGUGUCAAACAACCCCCUGUACAGCGGGCAACACUGAAAAUUGGUAUUACACACUAUUACAUCGGAACUUAGUUAUUUUAGUAUCCAUAUUAUUAGUUUCCCUGUUUAGCUCUGCAUUCUGAAACCCCUGUUAACAGUGUUUUUUUGCGAAGUAACCCAGCGCUGGCCGCUGUUCGAUGGAGGCUCUCCCUACUUCUCUACUGCGCCUGCGCGCUCCUUCUGUUCGCGGCCUCUUUCGAACGAACAAACUCUCUCUGUGAACCUCUGUGAAUAAACAAGUCCCAACGCUCUCUGGCUUCUUGAACGUCUGACACUUUUUUUUUUUUUUUUUUGAACGGCUCAGCGUUUCAUUUCAGUUCGGUUAUCCGUUUAUCGUCAGAUGUGGAUCGUUGUGUGAAUUGCAGGGACGGAUUUUAUGGUGGAUUGUUAUCUCGGGCAUAGUGUUAUACGCAUGCAAUGUGGUUGCCGCCAUAUGUGGCAGGAGUACGGAACCAUUUCGAAUACCUAGUACAGUGUUGCCCGUCAUCUUUAAUUGUAAUUUUAUAAUUAAUUGCAUCGUCGAUUGGAAUGAAACUUGCGCAGUUUUUGUCCUGGUGGCUUGAACUAUCGAAUAGCCACACUCAAUGACAUUUGGUCGGUGCUGCUUUGCAGUACCUUUAAACUUUGCUUUAUUGAUUUCAGCUACGGAGUCCCCCAUUGGUUCGUCACUGCCUUUCUAGGUUUAUACCCUUUUUGGUCCCUAUAACCAGUGAGCGUUCGUAGAUUCCUCACAACACGCACAUGACAAAAAGAUAAACAUUGAAACGAUCAAUAUUGAUAUUCAAGAAAAGUCAAGUCAUGCUAUUUGUGGGAACGUUUUGUCCCUCUAUGUACCGUCAGUUUAUAGUAGUACUAUAGUAGUGUAGUAAUAUUAAUGCAGUAGUCGUUGUAUACGGAUAGUUAUUGUAGACACAAUGUAUCGACGAUACGACGUCAGCAAAUAUUAGUUGAUGUGGUAUAAACUUAAACUCCGUAUGACAUUAUUAGUAUUCGCCAUGCAAAUGAUAAUUGCUGAUUGCCUUCUUGAAAUAGGUUUGUAAAUUUUUAUACGAGCUGUCAAAUAAAUAUUUGAUACAGCCACGGGUA